AUAAGGGAAUAAAAUACAUACAAAAAGGAGAGUAUGGGGAUUUAAAUAGUUAUCCCACAGUAAUAUGGUUAUAUUAGUCACGCUUUUAUUUCUUCACGGAGCCAGUUUGGUUGGUUCGAUUCCCGGUGGGCCUGGUAUACCUGAGAACAUCACCAUUACAUUUUUAAAACCCACAUCAGUAAAAGUAUCCUGGAUGACGUCAGUCACUAAUGUUGAUAAAUAUGAUGUCACAUACAAACCAACGGAUGCCAGUUACAGAGUGGUCGCAGUUGUGGCUGGAAAUUCUGAGGCCGUCACGCUGAAUGGUCUCAAAGCUGAUACACAAUAUCAAGUCACCGUGGCAGCGGUAUUUAACGGUAAAAAAUAUCGUAGUCGUCCUAUUGUCUUCCGCACACUGGAGCCUCCACAUACUUCCCCGCACCAAGAUGUUGGGGCUGCUUCAUUACCUGGAAGUGGUAACCCUUCUUCGGAUGGUUCAUCAUCCGACCAUCAUAAUAGUUUUGGUGGGACCUUUGCAUUAGGUGGUCCACCACAUUUAUCACCACCAAAUCCAAAUAGUUUUACAGAACCCGAAGAGUUUACGAAUGUACGUGGUGUAGAAAUAGGUAUCGUAUUAUUAGUAUUAUUGGUAUGGGUAGCAGCGAUAGUAUUAUUUUUUAAUCGUUGGGGUAAAAUACGUAUGUUAUUACCAUAUCAACCCGAUUAUAAGGAGCAAUUAAAAGUGCCUGGAACGGGAGUUUGUGCGGCAGCUCAAGCAACGGCGAAUCCAACCUGUAAUGGAAAUCAUACACAAUCACAUGUGUGUCCACAAACAUUUCAUCGAUCAUCUGCUCAAAUAGAUGUAGAUUGUUGGGCUGGUUCAUCGCGUCGUUAUAGACCGCGUAUCAAUUCAGCAAUAUUUAUAUCAAACAGUGGUCCCGGUUUUGAAACCGGUGAAUUUUUACGCCGUCAUGGAUCAUCUUCAAAACUAUGCCGUAAAGCACAAAGUGAAGAAAAUAUACCAUUAACUGAUACCACACCAAAACAUUUCGGUUUACCAGUGUUAUCAAUAUCGGGACCAUCUCCACCCGAAGAAAUUGACGAACAUGAAGAGGAAUCAUUCGAUCAGGAUGAUGAUGAACAGAAUGAAGAGAAAUUAGUGAAACAAAAUAGUAACAAUACUUAUGAUUCAUUUGAUCAACAAUCAUCGUUUGAACAGUGUAUUUAG